CACAGCAUUGGUUCUCAGCUGAGGGACUUCUUUACCUAUUUUGUUGAAUUUUUAUUGUGGAUUUUUGCAUUUUUAUAGUCAUGUCAGAAGAAGAAGAAUUGGACUACAGCACAGCCAUUCAAAGAGCAGGGAAGCAGCUUUGGCGCUUCCCCUUGGUUGCUGUGAGGGGUAUUCCUCUCAUGUGUCACAUUGCAAACAACUUUGAAGACAUCUGGGCUUUCAGUCCAGACCCUUCAGAUCUCCUCAUUGCUACCUAUCCAAAAGCAGGAACAACAUGGACUCAGGAAAUAAUUGAUUUGCUUCUGCACAACGGAGAUGCUGAGGCAUGUAAACGAGCCCCCACACCAGUCCGCAGCCCCUUUCUCGAGAUUGUCUCUCCCAAACCCAUCCCCUCAGGUCUUGAUCUUCUGAAAAAAAUGGACCCCCCGAGAAUGAUAAAGACACACCUCCCUUUUCAGCUGGUACCUCUAGGUUUCUGGGAAAACAAGUGCAAAGUAAUAUACGUGGCACGCAAUGCCAAAGACAACCUGGUGAGCUACUACCACUUCGACCGCAUGAACCAAACCCAGCCAGAGCCAGGCCCCUGGGAUAGUUACAUCCACAAGUUCAUGCGAGGGGAUGUGGCAUGGGGCUCCUGGUAUGAACAUGUGAAAGGCUACUGGGCAGAGAGAGAAAAGAAGAACAUCUUGUAUCUGUUUUAUGAAGACAUGAAGGAGAAUCCCAGACAGGAAGUAGAGCGCAUCAUGAGGUACCUGGACCUGUCUAUCUGUGAUGAAGUUAUCAGUCAGAUUGUGGAUCUGACCUCAUUUGAAAGCAUGAAGGAAAACCCCAUGUCCAACUACUCCUGUGUCCCACCUCCUGCGUUUGACCACAGUAUCUCUCCGUUCAUGAGAAAAGGUGAAGUUGGUGAUUGGAGAAACCACUUUACUCCUGAACAAUCAAAGAUGUUUGAUGAAGACUACAAAGAGAAAAUGAAAGAUGUGGACAUACCAUUUAGGGAUCUCAUUUAACAGAUGAAAAAUGGCCUCUGAAGAUCAAGAGUAUAUGCAGCAACCAAAGACAAAUGAACUGGCCCCACCAACC